AUGUCAUCCCCCGAUAUAGACCCUUAUGUUGAACUUGGUCUCUCUAAAGAGGCUACUCUUGCUGAAAUAAAGGCCUCCCAUCGCAAACGGGUCUUAAAGUGUCAUCCCGACAAGAUUCUAGAUCUAUCCCCAGCCCAACAGAUUGUCGCCCAAGAAGAAUUCCAACGGGUACAAUGUGCCUACGAGCUUUUAUCCGAUCCUGUUCGCCGAGAACGUUACGAUACAAAGGCCAGACUCACCGAAUUGAAGCGAGAUUUGGACGAAAGAAGACGGGCCGAGGCCGCCUACUCACCACGUGGAACCGGCUCACAUGAGAUGCGCGAAGGUCACAUUGUGGAAGAACGAGUACCCUUCAACACCUACUUCGAAGAUGAGCCCAAAAUAUACGAAGAGCCUCAAUCCUACUCUCGCAAACAGGAUGACUACGUUAAACGUCCCAAGGCGAAGGAGGAGAAGAAGAAACCCCGCACCCCAGUGAGCAGCGAACGUGCCGCCAAGGAGAUGUUCCGGGAAACCGCCAAAGCCACCAUGUACGAGCAAUCACGACGCCGUGGCAAGGAACGACGAGGACAACGUGCAGAGAAGUAUGACUCGUUUGAUACCGGUCCUCGUGUAGUAUUGGAAGACUCCGAUUCGAGUGACUCUGAAUUCGAAAAGUCCCCGCGGCCGUCUAAAGAAUCCCGCGCUCGUCCCUCAGAGUCCUCUCGACGUCGGGAACGCGACCACUACGACGACGAUAAGUAUGACCACCACUUCGACUCGAAACUCAAUGAAGCCGAACAACAUAUCGAACGGACAAGGGUUCGGUCGUCUCCACAGCGUAGCCGUGGUUACGAGUCACCCGAACCAGAGACCGCCUCGCGGCGCGCGGGACGGUCCUCCCGGUCGAACCAGCACCCAUCCUCCCGUGAUGCCUCUUAUGAAGAUCUUCCUCGCUUUGAACGCCCCAAGAUGUCUACGUCGGCAACCUCGCCCAGUCCGAAAACAUCCUCGCUACGACCUAGCUUGCUUGGUCGCUCAGCCACAGCCGCCACCGCUGCUGGAUACGUGCGUACCAAACAACCGCGUGAAGGCUCUAUUCGCGAGGAGAAGGAGUCGCCUCUUCACAGAAUGGUUUAUGAGGCUGUGCCUCGCGCUUCCAAGUCUCGUGACUCUAAGUAUGACUCGGGCUACUCGAGUUCCAGUCCCAACACGGACAUGCCGACCAAGAGUGCCCCUGCCAAGGUUCAACGAUACAAGAUCGAUGCUGAGCAUACGAUCAUUGAACCUCCAUCCUCCAAGUCAACCCAAUACAGAUCACCUGAUCUCGAUCGAGAACGCGCUCCUCGGGUCGCUCCACCCAAGCGAUCAAAUACCACCAACACUUAUACGACCUAUGUUGAGACGGAGCCACGCGUGACCCGCGUCCGCCCGCGAACUAGUCGAACUUAUGAUGAGGCGGACUAUCCUACGUCUACCCGCAAGGAAGAUGUCAGAUAUACCACGCGUGAGAUUCGGCCUCCUACCGAUGCUUCGGCUACCUUCUACUCUACACAUAUUCGAUCUCCUCGUCGCCCUGCCGUACACUGA